AUGCCAUACUGUGGUGAGCAAUCUCAAUAUUUAUACCCAAAGUUUGAUCGGUUGUAUACCUAAUUACAAAUUAUGAGUACAUUGUAUCAAUUAUUUGCUUUCUGAUAAAUAUUGCUCAUAUCAUCAUUUUAACAAGGAAACCGAUGCGAACUUCUUCAAUUAACCUCAUUAUGGCGGCAGUCGCUGCAUUCGAUAUUUUCUCAUUUCUUUUAAAUUUAGAGAUCACUAUUGUUGAUAUAAUCUAUUCUUAUAAUGCCUGUUUCAAUGAUUCUUCAUAUGCCGCGGUGCUGAUAAAUUCGUUACUCCAUCAACUGAAGGAGUACGCACGGAGAUGCUCCACGUGGCUUCUAUUUUCAAUUGUGACAAUCCGAACCCUAGUUAUUCGAAAUCCAAUGAGCCAUAAAAAUGAGAAAUUGUCGAACUCGUCUGCCUCAUUUUCUGUGAUUUUUGGAGUAUCCGGCACUUGUACUUUAUUCUCAAUUAUCUAUUUUUUUGAGAAUAAAAUUAAAAAAAUUGGCGUUUUACCAUCAGAAUGCAAUUCAAAAGGAGUGGCAUUCUACGGGCAAGUUGUCACCAAUUUAUUUUGGAGAAAUGAUGGAUUUUUAUUGAAAGUUUCCACGUUCACAACUGCACUAUUUUCUCAUAUCAUCCCCUGCAUCAUCUUUCCAUUAAUCACUAUAGUACUUGUAAAAGAAAUAAGAAAAGCGGAAAAAAGAAGGAAAGUCUCAACAUCUUUCAAUAAAACCAAAGAUUAUCGAAGAACAACACAACUUGUCUUCUAUAACACAAUAUUCUUCUUUGUUGCCGAGUUUCCUCUUGGUGUGAGCAUUGCGAUCACUUGGUUUUUUAUCGAUACUCCCGGGUUGCAACUCAUUUUCCUAUACUGUCGAUAUCUUUUUUCGAUGCUUUUGACUAUUAACACAAGUUUCCAUUUUGUUAUUUGCAUGCUAAUAUCAUCACAAUACCGUGAUACAGCGUUGAAGUUGAUUAGUUUUGAUACUACACCUAAAAGAAGCAAAAUCAGCGUUGUCAGUAUAUCGUCAAUUCCACAGUUAUAA